GCAGUUCAAACCAGAUAGAGAUUGAAAGUUCAGAAGCUUCUCACCACCGAGAAUGGCGACGGACGAGGCCUCACCGCUUCUCCGCCGCGGAGAAUCUCCUGGAAUCGCCGGAAUAAAGUUGCCGGCGGCGAGGGAGUUCGGCGAGGAGUCACGGAGGCUGUGGAAACUCGCCGGGCCGGCGAUCUUCACGGCAAUCUGCCAGUACUCGCUCGGAGCACUGACUCAGACCUUCGCCGGACACGUCGGAGAGCUCGAACUCGCCGCCGUCUCCGUCGAGAACUCCGUCAUCGCCGGCCUCGCCUUCGGCGUCAUGCUAGGGAUGGGGAGCGCACUGGAGACGCUAUGCGGACAAGCGUUCGGAGCGGGGCAGUUGCGGAUGUUAGGAGUAUACAUGCAGCGUUCUUGGGUCAUUCUCUUCGUCACGGCUUGUUGUCUACUUCCUAUCUACAUUUGGGCUCCUCCUAUCCUUUCUUUCUUCGGCGAGGCUCAUCAUAUCUCUCGAGCCGCUGGAAAAUUCGCGUUGUGGAUGAUACCACAACUUUUUGCGUACGCGAUGAAUUUCCCGAUACAGAAAUUCUUACAAGCUCAGAGGAAAGUGUUGGUGAUGACUUGGAUUUCCACGGGUGUACUCGUGAUACACGCGGUGGCUAGCUGGCUGCUUAUCCUCAAGUUUAAGUGGGGACUAGUCGGAGCUGCCAUUACUCUCAACACCUCGUGGUGGCUGAUCGUCAUUGGUCAGUUGUUGUAUAUUUUCAUCACGACUUCGGAUGGCGCGUGGAGCGGAUUCUCAUGGCUCGCAUUCCGGGAUCUAUACGGUUUCGUCAAGCUCUCCUUAGCUUCCGCCAUCAUGCUCUGCUUGGAGUUCUGGUACUUGAUGGUUUUGGUGGUCAUUACGGGUCUUUUGCCUAAUCCAUUGGUUCCCGUUGAUGCCAUAUCUAUAUGCAUGAACAUACAAGGUUGGACAACCAUGAUCUCCAUAGGGUUCAAUGCUGCUAUAAGUGUGAGGGUGUCGAACGAGUUAGGAGCGGGAAACGCCCGGCUAGCGAAAUUCUCGGUGGUAGUCGUCUCUAUAACGUCGAUCGCGAUCGGAUUCGUGUGUAUGUUUGUCGUCUUAGCCACGAGAUUUUACUUCCCUCGUCUAUUCACUUCAAGCGAAGCCGUGGCAGAAGAAACAACGAGACUCGCCGUCUUGUUGGCUUUCACCGUCCUCUUGAACAGCCUCCAGCCUGUCUUAUCGGGGGUCGCGGUGGGAGCAGGAUGGCAAUCUCUAGUGGCUUACAUCAACAUCGGGUGCUACUACAUUCUCGGUUUGCCUCUCGGUAUUGUGCUCGGAUUCCCUCUAGGCCUCGGCGUUGAGGGGAUUUGGUCAGGCAUGGUUGCGGGGAUUUGCUUGCAGACCCUGAUAUUGAUCGUCAUCAUCUGCAUGACUAACUGGAACAAAGAAGCCGAAGAAGCGGAAACUCGGGUUCGGAGGUGGGGAGGAACAGCCGUAGAAUAAUGUGAUAUGAGUCAUCUGAAUUUAUUUAAUAUAUCCAAAUAUAUAUUAGAACUAAAUUUCGAUUUCUAUGGAGAAAAUUAUAAAUUUGUUAGGUGACGAUUUGGUUAUUGUUUUUUUUUUAUAUAUUUUUCUGAACUUCAUUGCCGGUUUUGAGCAAUGGGUUAACCUUUUUUUUCCA